UGGAGGUAAAAAGCAUGAAUAUAGCGAUCCAUAGAGACGCACCGAGCAGGGCAGAGAUUUCUCAAAGCGUUACAUUUUAUAAGGGCAGCAUGUGUAGCUCUCUGAGUCCUAAGCAGCCAGCUGGGCCGGGCCUCACUGAUCUGCAGCAAUACAGCCAGUGGCUGGCCAGCAGACAUGAAGCCAGCCUGCUGCCUAUGAAGGAAGACCUGGCGCUCUGGCUCACCAGCAUGCUGGGUGUGGAGAUCACGGCAGAGACCUUCAUGGACAGACUGGAUAAUGGCUUUCUAUUGUGCCAGCUGGCUGAGUCACUGCAAGAGAAAUUUAGGCAGAGCAAUGGGGAGCUGCCACCACAGGGCAAGCCAAUCCCUAAUCGGAGGAUUCCAUGUAGGGCAAGUGCUCCUUCUGGCUCUUUUUUUGCCCGGGACAACACAGCCAACUUCCUCUCGUGGUGUCGAGAGGUGGGUGUUGGAGAAACCUGCCUGUUUGAGUCUGAGGGUUUAGUCUUGCACAAACAGCCCCGUGAGGUCUGCCUCUGUCUCUUGGAGCUGGGGAGAAUAGCAUCCAGGUAUAAGGUCGAGCCCCCUGGGUUGAUUAAGCUGGAGAAAGAGAUUGAGCAGGAAGAGAAAGCCCCGGAGCCACUUCCUUCCACAGUCUACCCCACCUCCACUAGCCAGCUCACUUCCCCCAACAGAUGCUCCCCCUCCAGGAAAAGCACUGGCAAGCUGUUGGAUGAUGCUGUAAAGCACAUUUCUGAGGAUCCUCCCUGUAAGUGCCCUAAUAGGUUUUGUGUGGAGCGUCAGUCCCAGGGCCGCUAUCGUGUUGGAGAGAAGAUCCUCUUCAUUCGGAUGCUGCAUAAUAAACAUGUGAUGGUGCGAGUGGGUGGGGGCUGGGAGACCUUUGAGAGUUACUUGCUGAAGCAUGACCCCUGCCGAAUGCUCCAGAUCUCUCGGGUCGAGGGCAAGAUCUCACCCAUCUCCAGCAAGUCCCCCAGCAUUAAAGACCUCACACCUGACAGCUACUUGGUGGUAGCUGCUCAUUACAAAAGUAAGAAGUAACAAAGGCCAGUGGCAAACAAGGAACAAAGACCAUAUGAUGGCCCUCUAAUGUAUUUUCACAUCACUACAGCUUUUUUUUUUUUAAGUGUUUGUACCAAAGAGAGUAGCCUUACCUUUCCUAAGAAUGUAAUGUGCAUCAAUAUCAGAUGUGAACUUGUUUUCUCUCAUUCAUAUUUUAUACCAUAACAGACAGUAAAAUGUCCUCUGGACUAAGCAAUGGCAACCUGGAAGAUUAUUUUACAGUAUAACAUUUGUUUGCAAAAUGCAUCAAUACAUAUUUUUAAUAACUAUUUGACUGAUUUAGCUAACUUGACACAUUGACUAAAAGAUCAAAGGUUGUCAAUGACAGAUGUUUGUUUUAAGCGAUAAAGGACUCAACUGUUUUACACCUCAGAAUGCUAUGCAAUGAUUUGUUGAUUAUUUCUAGUCUGGGAUUGCAAUUGAUGUAUUAAGUACAAACUAUUGUGUCUUUUGUGUUUAUUUCUCAGCAUACUUUUACUUUGUUUAGCUUGAGAUUUCUGUGUAACAUAAAUCGCAAACACACUUGUCCGAAUUCUUUGAUCAGCUGAGUAAAACUGCUAAGUAAAUUCAAGUUUUAUCUCCCUUGAUGGAUGUAUAUACAUUUGCAUAAGCGCUUACAUAAUGAACUAUGCAUUUCUCUUCUUAUAUUUUAUUAUAUAUGAUUAUAUAUAUGACAGUGUCAGAUAUUUCAUAUCAAUAUUAGUAAUAUUUCCCUUGCUUACAUUGCAACAGCUGAUUUUCCUGUAUAGACUAUAGGCCUACUGUUUUAGGGAUUUUUCUUCUGUCUAAUAAGAACAGAAUGAUUAUGUAAAAUUGUAAGAACAAUCAAAUGUAUUAAGUGACCUGUUCUUGUAAUGCAUCAUGUGUGUACCCGAUCUGGGGUAAAGUACGUUAACUUAAUCUUUUUUAACCAUUGUAAAACAAAAGCAGAGAUUAAUAAAAAGAGAAUAUGUUUCUCUGUGUA